CUUCGCUAUUUUUGUGAACAUCUUCCUAUUACUAAUUGCAAUCAUGGCGAUCAAUGUCAUCAACCAACAAAGCAGCGAAGGCACUACUGGUCUUCCGAAGGAUGUUAUCCAACUAGUGUCGGAGGCCAUUGACUCUGCGUCAUCAGAAUUGCGUCGACUGAACUUAGAGAUCUGGAAUAAUCCCGAAGUGCGAUUCAAGGAAGAGAAAGCCUGUCAGUUGUUAGCCGGAUGGUUUGAGAACCAAGGCUGGACCGUGAAAACUGGUGUAUACGGUAUCUCCACAGCAUUCGAGGCACGCUUUUCCGUCAUACCGGGGGAGAGAUCAGUCUGCUACAAUGCUGAAUACGAUGCCCUUCCUGAGCUUGGUCAUGCAUGCGGUCACAAUCUCAUUGCAACAUCAACGCUGGCAUCAGCUGUAGGGGCUUCUGCCGCUAUGAAGGCAUUGGAAAUCCCAGGAACGUUGAUUGUGAUUGGUACGCCCGCCGAAGAGACCGGCGGGGGUAAAUACAUCAUGGCAAACCAUGGUGCUUGGAAGGACUGUAGCGUCGUUCUCAUGACACAUGCAAUGCCAGACUUCUCUACCGCGAGGCUUGUGACGAAGGCUUCAUGGAAAUUCAGAGCCAAGUUUUACGGAAAGGCCGCGCACGCGGCAGCUGCGCCGUGGAAUGGUAAUAAUGCCUGUGAUGCCAUUGUAAUGGCGUAUAACGGUCUAGGGCUACUUCGUCAGCAAAUCCAAAAGACAGAAAGCAUUCAGUCCGUCAUCCUUGAAGCUGGAAAGGCACCCAAUAUUAUCCCUGACUACGCUGAAGGCAGCUUUUCUCUGCGUGCGUUUGACUCGAAGGCAUUGGAGCGUCUCCGAAGCCGCGUCAUACCCAUUUUUGAUGGAGCUGCAGCGGCUACGGGCUGUACUGUUGAAUUAUUUUGGGACGCAUUGUAUGAAGACGUCGUGACCAACAUGGUUCUAGCCAACCGCUAUACCCAGUAUAUGAUCAACGAUCUCGGCCUCACACCCGCAGAUAUUCUUCCUCCAUCAGAACUCUCCGCAAAGGUGAAUCAGAAUGGUAGCUCCGAUUUCGGAAACUGCUCUUAUAUCCAACCUGGCAUUCAGACAUUAUUCAGCAUCAACGCUACGGAUAUGCCUCACACUCCUUCCUUCCAGAAAGCCGCAGGUACAGACUUCGCACAUACAGAGUCACUUAGGGCUGGAAAGGCCAAUGCUUUGAUAGGGCUUGAGGUCCUGCUUGAUGAGAGAUUCUACCAAGAAGUAAAAAGUGAUUGGAUAAGUGACAUGAGGGAGCGUGGUCGGCUUCCCGAGUGA